AUGACCAAGACUCCUCCCAACAGAAGAGGGAUCACCUUUGAGGUGGGAGCACAGCUGGAGGCUCGCGACAGCCUGAAGAACUGGUCAGUGUCAUUUCCAUCUGAUCACUGUCCAACAGGCCAAGUUUCUAAUGUUCAUUUCCUAUUGUUCUUGUCUACCAUUAUCAGUCUUAUUGAACAUCCUAACUCCCUACUAAUCAGGUACCAGGCGAGCAUAGAGAAGAUAGACUAUGAGGAGGAGAAGGUUCUGAUCCACUACCGUCAGUGGAGCCACCGCUAUGACGAGUGGUUUGACUGGACCAGCCCCUACCUGAGGCCCCUGGAGAGGAUCCAGUUGAGGAGAGAGGGUCUGCAGGACAAAAGACCCAGCCCGGUGAGGGAGACUAGGACUCGGACAUAAUGGUGUUACCCUAGACAAUAUCCAGACAUAAACGCAGAAAGCCUAUGAUUAAACUGAUUAGGCGGCAACCACAUAGAGAACGUAUUAUUACACCUCCCAAAUUCCGGUUAAACUUCAUGACGGUGAAUAUCAGAUUGGUGUUUAUCAGUGAUGAACUUUUCUUUCCCUUGUAGGUGUUUCGGGUGAAUGAGAAAGUCUUGGCCUGUUGGGUAGACUGCCGCUACUAUCCUGCUAAAGUUCUGGAAGUCAAAAGAGAUGGUGGGUCCUACACUUCCACUGGACAGAAUUGUGUUCAAUCAGAAAUGCAUUGCAUUCUAGUUACAUUGGGUAAACAUUCUGACCAUGUUUAUGUUCUCUCUUCAGCUUCCUACACUGUGAAGUUUUUUGAUGGAGUAGUCAAGACUCUUAAGCCAACCAAAGUAAAGCCAUAUAAGAAAGAGGUGAGAGUUCCAUGUGAUUGUUAGUUCAUAGUGGUGUGAGAGAAUGGUUGAUGGGGUUACCUUAGUUUUAUGUCUCUAUGUGAAUAGAAUGGGAAGGCCAGGGAGAGGGACAGAACUCAAAGUGAGCAGAGCGGUGGGAAAGACAAAGCCAAGGAGAACGGGAAAGCCGUGAGUGACGAAUCCAAAAACUGCUCUUCAGACCUGGAUGGAGAGCGCAACGGAGAGGAAGAAGAGAGAAGAGAAGAUGGAGAGGAAAAAACGCUGAAUGGCAACGUUGAGACCAGUGGACAGAAAGGGAACCUAAACAGAGAAGAGGGGGAAAAGGGGGCAGGAGGAGGGCAGAGAGAAGAGCCACAAGCCAAGGAAAAUGGGCAGGUUGUCCAAACUAAAAGGGAAGAAGUUAAUGUAGAAGGGGAGCGAGUGAUGCGCAGUACCCAACAGCAGGGGGAGAAGAAAGAAGAGGGUGCAUCGGGACAGAGUCCCCAGCUGCCCAGGGGGAACCGGUACCGACCCUCUGAAGGUAUGUAGGUUACUGUAAAGCUUUGAAAGUGAAACAAUGGAAAACUCCUGAAAUUGCAGAAUCAUUAGAUUUAAAUAGAAAGUGUCCCAUGGUUGUUCUCAAGUCCUAACGGGAAAAAAAGAUGAUAGCUUGGCUUAUGGCUUCACUUUUGUGAAGAACCAGAAAGUUACAUUGAAUCGUUGCUUAGAGCGUGUUAGGACAGGUUCAGUAUCUUGGUGCUUGAUGGUUAAGUGGAUGAAGUCAACAAUGUGGGGAGAAUGUCUGCAGAGUCUCACUGACCUUUCGGUUCUUGUUGUUUACAGAAAGUCAACGUGAACUGAGGAAGAGGAGGGUGUCUCUUGGACAGAUGCCACCACCAAAGAGGAGAAGGCCAGACACAAGUAAAGGUCUGCAUCUACUCUGACUUGUUGCUUGUUACUGACAUUCAAAGCCCUGUGUGUCCUUUGUUUAUAACUCCUGUCAUCUCUGCCCGUCCCCCUCCAGACAGAAACAGCCAGUCUCAGAAGCAGGCAGGAUCCGAUUCCAUCCCAGAGUCCCCAGCAUUAACCCCAGACCAGACAAACACCCAGACACCCACAGACGCUGGCAUCGAAGCCCCAUCAGAUAUAGGUCAAGGAGAUGGAGAUGAAUAUGACAGUAAGAGUUUUUUUGUUUUGUUUUUAAUCUGCAGGUAUUUAGGAGACUUCAUGUGCUGUCCUUACAUCUUCUGACUAUUUGAAUACGGGUAGGAGUGCUGAUCUAGGAUACAUUUAGCCUUUUAGAUCAUAAUGAGUAACAUAACAUGGACAGGCGGGUCCUGAUCCUAGAUCAGCAUUCCGACUCUGAGGCGCUUUAUGAAUACAGGCCCAGCUCUUACAUUGAGAUGUGAGAGAACUUAUUUUGGGAUCUGUCAACUCUGUGCCAAAAAAGGCUACAGUUGAUCUAUUGUAUGUCUCUUUACAGAAUCAAUACUGAAAUGCCAAGUCCACCUGCCUACCACCCACAAGUACAGCAGAGAGCCAUGUGAGUACAGCAUCAUUAACACACAUACACACACACACACACACACACGCGCACACACUUCCAUUAAAUGACAUGUUGUUCCUUGUAUCUCUACCAGUGUAUCGAGUCAUCAAAAACCAGCCGCCCCCAAUCCUCUCCAUUGAACUGGACCACAACCCCUUCAAGUGCAAGGCCCCUGGCUGUCUGAAGUCCUUCCGGAAGGCCUCUCUCCUGCACUACCACGUCAAGUACUACCAUGCAGACAGCGAGCAUGCCUCUGGGGGCAGCAUGCAAACCCGGGCCUCAGAGAAGCAGGCUGGCUCCCAGGAGACACCCAGGAAGAGACGCACAAUGUCAGGCUCUAUACGUAAGUAGUAAGACUCCGCCCCAGGGAUCAACAAACCUGAGCUCAAUCAUACUACACUGUUACAUUAUUAACUGAACCAGUUGUAUACAGAUGCCUGUGUCCUGUAUAUCCAUGCAUGGACAAUAGAUACAUCACAUUUUAACUUUGUCUCCUCUUCUGUGCAUUGCUCCACUGUACCACAGACUCUCCCCUGGGUGACAGACAGGCUGCCAAUGGGAUGAACUGUCAUCGUCGGAGAUCACUGAGUGAGAAAAGGAAGGAGAACCAGCACACCAACAGCAGACCCCAUGAAGAAAGAGAAUGGGGCGCCAGUGAAACAGGUGAGGGACAUUUUAACACCAAUUUUACCAUCAUUCUUGACUGAGAAUAUCAACUUGGGUGUUGAACUACUUUUUAUAUCCCUUGUUUGCUGACUCAGUCCUUUUGUUUACUUCAGGGGAAAAGAUUAGAGAGAAGACGGAAAGAGACUUCCUCAAUAAACAGAAGAAAAGGAAGAAGAAAGGGAGGUCAAAGUCAGGUAAGAUGAUAUUGACAGAAUGAGUGUCUGGAGUCUGCCUUUAUCAGUUGACAAUACGUCUUUAGUGGAAUCUGAUUUGCCAAUGUCCAUCUGCCUUUAGAAAUCAGGCCAAAUUCUAACAAUAAAAUAUAUUUUGUAUGUAAUGCUCAGUUAAUGUUCCAGAUUCUUCAGUAUUCCACACGCGCUUUGAAUGUACUGACCCAGUCUCAAACCUGCAUAUGCUUUCCCCCUGACAGAGAAUACGAAUGGUGAGGAGAACAUAGGCAUCUCCUUAUUUAACUCUACUCAGUCCAAUCCGAAUCUGGUAUCCAAAUUCCCCCUCUCGCACAAACACAAGUUAUCUUACGACUCAAGCCCAGAACACAUCACAGAUCAGGUGCAAGAGGACGGUGGGUACCAAGACCUUACAUCUUCUUUAUACUUCUCACUCUGUCCUUUUUGCUUUAUUCAGGUUAGCUAUUAUUCACAAUCCUUCUCCUUCCUCUCCACUCAGGCUUGAAGUGGUAUCAGCAUGUUUUAGGGCAUUGGUGUUGUCCUAUAAUAAUCAGCUAAUUUAAAAUCUUGUAAUAUGUAAAUCUGUAAAUGUUAGCCUGAGUGUCAAAAUGCAGAUGCUUGGCAUAUUUGUUUUGGGUCCACUUUUUGCCCACUCAACAUCAGACAAUAGUGUCAACUAAACAUGGUUUUCCUUUCGACCCUAUGAAUAGAUGAAAGUGAUUGGUCAACAGUCAGCGCUGAGUGGAGUGAUGAGUACAUGGAGGCGGAGCUGGAUGUGACCACUCCCAUGUCAGAACAGAAUGUAUCCAUGGUGACCAAGGGCUCUGACAUAGUGCGCUGCGUCUGUGAGGUGGAGGAGGAGAAUGAUUUCAUGAUUCAGGUGAGGCUCACCGGGAUCUGACGUUAGACACAGAAUAACCUUUAAAACAACACUGUUCUGUUGCUUUUUGUUUUUCACGUGUGUUAGCCAUUUGAAUAAUAUGUGAAGUGACCAUGUCCUGUCCAUCUCCUAGUGUGAUGAAUGUCUGUGCUGGCAGCAUGGCACCUGUAUGGGCCUCUUCGAGCACAAUGUACCUGACACAUAUAACUGCUACAUUUGCAGAGACCCACCAGGUAAGCACACUAUAAACACCUCAAUCUAGUAUUAGAUCUCCUAUGGGUUUCUGUUCUUUGACAGUGUACAUGAAUGUGUAUCUUGCCUGUUCUCUCAGUCCAGAGACAGAGCCAGCGUUACUGGUACGACAGGGAUUGGCUGAGCAGUGGUCACAUGUAUGGCCUGUCUUUCCUGGAUGAGAACUACUCCCACCAGAAUGGAAAGAAGAUAACAGCCACUCACCAGCUCCUGGGUGAUGUACACCAUGUAUUUGAGGUGCUCAACGGCCUGCAGCUUAAGAUGAGCAUCCUUCAGUGAGUACUACGAAAGUUACUGCUAAUAAUUCCCAAAAAUGUCAUGUUUCACCAUUUUGGGUGUGAUUGGUUCUUGGAUGAUCCAUCUUCAGUGGCUGUGAAUUAGCCCUCACCUCUCUCUAUCAUCCUCUACAGGACCCAGACACACUCUGACCUGAAGCUGUGGCGCCAGCCCUGGAAGCAGGAGGAGGAGCUGGGUAGGAGCUGCAGUAUGGCGACCUGCAGGGCCCCUUCACCUGCAGCCAACGACCGAGGGGAGGGGGGCGAAGCGCUGAGGGCCACGUCAGUCUCCGCCCCCUCUGAGAAGCUCAAAAGGGUUCAGAUGAGCCCAACAUCCUUCCAGGACUCGAACGCUUCGUACAUCAGCAGUGAGCACUGCUACCAGAAACCGCGAGCGUACUACCCAGCGGUGGAGCAGAGGCUAGUGGUGGAGACACGGGGAGGCUCUGAGCUGGAGGACAGCCUGAGGAGCACUGAGAACCUGCUGGAGCAGUGCUAUGGUGGCCCACUGGACCCAGACAGAGCCAAACUCUACCCCAGCUCCCUGCUGCAGGACCGGGCCAAGAUUCACCCAAUUGCCCUACAACCAGACAAGGUCUGUACUCUUUCUCAAAAAAUAUUGUAUGUCAGUAGUGAUAUACUUAUGGUGAAACAAGUGGUGAAAUGAUGCUAGCUGCAAGCUAAAGUAGCUGGAAUUAUGACUUAGAUGGCAUGUUUUGUUCUUUUUCCAGGGUCUGGAUCUGUAUAAGAAGCUGUAUGUGGGAAUGGAGAGUGAAGUAGAGAUGAGGACAGAAGAGGCUGAGCCCAGCACAGACAUAAAGCCAGACCCAGAAAAAGACAAUGUGCUGCAUCAGCAGUGGCAGAUCAACCUUUUGGAUCACAUAGAGGCCAUGCAGAACCAAGUCACACACAGGAUGGACCUCAUUGAGAAGGAGCUGGAUGGUGAGACUUGCGCCACACAGAGAUUCUUCAUUAUAAAGAUACCCAAAAAAAUCCUGUUGAAGGAAGAUCAAUUUCACAUGGAUGUAAGGUUUAUACAACUCUUAUUUAUUUCUCGCUCUCGGUCCCUCCCCUUUUCUUUCCUUCUCCCUCCUGCUCCUUCCGACGAUUCCUCUGCAGUGUUGGAGAGUUGGCUUGACUACACAGGGGAACUGGAGCCUCCUGACCCAUUGACCCGGCUGCCUCAGCUCAAACACCGUAUCAGACAGAUGCUCACAGACCUGGGCACGGUGCAGCAGAUCUCCCUCUGCUCCUCCAAAACAUGA